AUGGCUGCGUUGGCUGUGAGGCGGAUGGACGCCACGGUUGGCAGUGUCAUCGCCGUCGCCAUUAUGCUGUGGCUGAUGCUGUCGCUGCGACCAGCAGUGCGGCCUGCACAAUCCAUGGACGACAUUGCGGUGGACAUGCACUGUCACACCACGGAGUCUGAUGGAGAUCGCACAGCAGAGGAGCAGCUCAAGGAGGCUGCACGCAUUGGGCUGGAUGCGCUGUGGAUCACAGACCACGAUAUGAUCCGGGACUUGCCACGCACACGGGAGAUUCAGAAGGCGGCAAAGAAGGCCGGCGUUGGUGUUGGGUUUGGCGUUGAGAUCACGGUUGAGUGGGAGAAGAAGGAACACCACCUCCUCGGCUAUUUCCCAGACUCCGCCUGGAGUGCACGCCAGCUCUCCCCCGAGAUGGUCACGUUGCAGCGCGAAUGUGCCAAGGUCAAGACGAGCCGUGAGACGCGCAACAACAACAUGGUCUCCUUCCUCAACACGCUGCUGGCUUCGGACGCGGGCAAACCCUACUUCAUAUCCGCCGAUCGCCACGCCGCCUUUAAACCCCUCGUCGUCAAUGAGGUUGCCGAGUGGGCGAAAGAAAACGCCAACUUGAUGGAGCCAACUUCUCUCGGCCGCCCACACUUCCGUGCGUACCUGAUUGAGGUGGUCGGCAUCCGCGAAGAUCUCAUCUUUGGCCCACGCGCAGGCGAUGGUGUUGCAACGCUGACGGCAGAUGGUGAUGUGUUCUACGAUGAGGAUCGCGAGGGCAAAACCGGGGUUGAGCUGGAAGCCCUCAUGCACUCCGCGACCCUCGCCAAGCGCGACAUUGCGUUCCGCCCGCUCCCAAUCAUCGACGCCAUCAAACUCAUCAACGCAGCAGGUGGCCGCGCUGUGCUCGCCCAUCCGCCCACGCUCGGCUCAAAGUGGAAAACCGUCUUCGUCGACAAGGUUGGCGACCUAGCAGCCGCCGGGCUGUGGGGCAUUGAGGCGUUCAGUUCUGAGAUUGAUGAGGAGAAUCACGCCAUUAUUGCCGGUCUCGCUCAGAAGUACAAUCUCGUCAUGACCGCUGGAUCAGACAAUCACGGCUCCCUCAAGAUCUAUGCGCACCUUGGCGAGGUGAAGCGGCACGGCACUGCCGCGUAUGCUGAGCUUGAGUACUGGGCCCGCCACGGUCUCAGGGAAAGCGCUCGCCUGCAGAACGAGGAGCUUUAG